AUGCCGCCGCCGCCGCCACCACCACCAUCGCCACCAAGGCCACAACCACCACCAUCGAGGCCACCACCAUCACUAUCACCUCAACCACUACCAAGGCCACCACCACCAGCAUCAAUACAAAGGCCACCGCCACAACCACCACAAUCACCUUUGCAAACACCGCCAUCCUCUACACGUUCUUUAUCGUCUUUUAUUGUUCCUCCCCGUUCUAUACGCACACACAUUGUACCCUGUCCACUCCCAUACCACCGUCCCAAUAUUAUUCCUCAAAAUCCAUUGCCUCCUCCACGUCGGGUUCCCCAUGAUAAUGCUUGGUCGGUUGGUCAAGCAUUAAGAGACCUGCGUGAAUGGAUCAAUGGAUUUUGGAGGCGAGGUUGUACUGUUACUAUUUCUAAGAAGGGAGAGAAGCUUUUGAUUGUUGAAAGUGCUUUUUUCCGUCCGGUGCAGACGAUGUUUAUAAAGUUACCAAUAACGCAACGCAUCAUUUGCUUACUUCCCACAAUUCUAAAACAGUAUUACAAAAAAUCAUUUUGUGGCUUUCUUGUAUUCAAGGUGAAUGUACACUGGCUUAUGAUAUUCGUGUCUCACUUAUAUUAUCAUGACAAACUAUAUUAUACAAAUUUUGUACCUGAGUUGUCAAAGUUACAAAAAUAG